AUGCUCAAAGUAAUACUUCAAGUUUCACCACCGUUGCUUUACUCACUUACGUUUAGCGCGCAGCAGAGGCCAUGCACGCCGAAUUCCUCCUCGUCUUCAUCUUCUGCUGGCCGUCCAACGGCGCGGACCGCACGAGCUUCGGAUGUCGUUUUUUCCGAGUCGUUCCUGUUCCACGUUACGCCGCAGAUGCUCGAUAGGUGUCAUAUUGUAAUCGAGGCUUGUUAA